AUGGAGAGAUUCGAGGAUAUCCAAACCCCAUCUCACACGAUGUCCUGUCUUUUUUUGGUCGCAUGCAAUUGGGCCUCAACUGGGAUGGACGAUGGUUGGCUGGGCGCAAAGCGGAGUAUCUCCGGAAGAAAAGAGGACCCAUCGUUUGGAGGGCCGAUGGGGAAACCGACGGUGGCAAGACGGCCAGGCCGGAAAGACUGUGACGAGCAGCGGCGGGCGGGCGGUGGAUUACCGUUCGAUACGCGUCUCGGGGCUCCCAGCACACCCAGCACCACCGCUCGAAAAACCGCCAGAGUGGAACUACCUGUACUAAACACACUAAGGACUAUAUUGCGGAGCCUCGCGGUCAGCACGAAGCCCCGAAGAACAUUCCUUAUCUCUCGGCGCAUCCCCGGCGACUUCGCUGACGUGAACCGCAUUCCCACGAGCUGUGAACGUGCGGACCGGUCAAUUCGCUCCGGUCCCACCGGAUCCACCUGUAUCUGGUCGCUGCUCCGAGCGCAGUCGAACGCCUGGAACGCUGAUUCUGGCUACCCGGAGUUUCCAAUGGUGCUAGUACUGGCAGUCGUACUCUUCUCCGUAGGUUGUCGCGUGCAAAGUACUCCAGCUGUAUUUCGACCCCGUCUCGAUGCCCACUCGGACUCGGGCCGAAGCCUAGAUCUCUUCCCCGACGGCCCUUCAGGUCGAGAGAACAACGGGCCAUGCGAGGCCUGCGCUGUCGCAAAUGAAGCAUUCGUCGUCGGCCCUUUAGCCUCAAAUCCACGCCUGCCGAUUCGUGGAUGCCAUGCAUCGCGACUAGUCGGCAGUGGCGUCGGCGUGAAUCAUGUAGUUUGCGUCGGCGUACUUUACGACGGUGAUAGUAGCAAAGUGCAGUUAGUCGAGGGAAGCGCCGUAAAUCGGUGCGGUGCGCCAGGCGUGGGGUGUAAUUCCGUACGGGUAAUACACGCAUACCGUAUGGAAAUAUCCCCAGAAGCAGCCCAGCACGACCGACCACCUCCCUCCUCGUGCCUCAUCGCCCUCGCCCUCCGUCUGGAGCCUCCGUCUUCGUCCAACACCGCGAACCUCGACGCCCGCGUCCCCUCGCUUCUCACGCACACCCUCUUCGCAAUCGCAUUUCGGGGCAUGAGCGUUUGGAGGGUCUAG